AUGGCUUCUUUAAACGAUAUAUCGCCGCCGUAUCCUCCACCUCCUGAAUAUAAUUCCACCGACACUGGUCAAAAAUCACAAGGACAACAACCAACACAAGAUCGAAAUGAAUCAACGCCUUUAAAAAUCUUUGAAAUUGACGAGCCAGUGAAACCUGUUUAUUAUCAACGAUUGGAUGAAGCACCUUCCGUUUAUACUGCUAGGAUAUUUGUUGCGGGUGACGUCGGUGUCGGUAAAUCAACAUUGAUACAGACUUACAAAAAUUAUAAUGAGCCGAAGAAACAACCUAUUCGCCGGAUAAGUGCAUGUUAUAUGAGAAUGAAAGGACCCUACACUAUGCCGUUUUUAUUGAAAUUGCUGCAUGCAAGUAUCAGAGGAGACAUUGAAGAGCUUUGCCUGAGAAAACUGCUUUCUGUUACUGAAGAUUGGAUUUUACUAUGUUUUGCCAAAGAUAAUCUUGAAAGUUUGCUUAAUAUAAAAAACAUAUGGUACCCCUUGUUGAAACUGCUGGUGUACUCAAGGAAAGUCCCCAUCAUUCUUGUUGGUACAAAAUGGGACAAAACCAGUCACAUACCCGAUGAUCUUGUAUUGCAAGUUGCCAAAGAAAUCGGUGCCACAGCAUUAAUUCAAUGUUCAUCGUGGCAAAAUCUCCAUGUCCGUACGGUAUUUGAUGUUCCUCUUCAAUACUUACACGAGGAAUGGGAAAGUGGAUUAAACAAAAUCUAUGAAAAAAGUCUAGAGUCAGAAUCUUUUGAGGCUAAAGUGUUGAAAGGGGAGGGGUUGGAAAUCGAAUUUGGAAAAAGAUCUCAAGUACGCACUAUAUGUCAAGACAAAACGCAAGAUGUCCCCCUAAAUUCCAAGCUUCCCGAUGGUAAAAACCACUCUGGCAAACAGCCUCAAAUGGCGAAUGCAAAUCGAGAGAAGUUACCGUUCAAUGGUAAGGCAAAGAAGAAUAAGGAUGAUUGUAUUGUAGUUUAG